AUGGCAGACUAUUACGAAUGGUUGCAUAAUAAAGCUGACGAGUGUAAUGAUAUUCCUAGCAUUUGUGGGAAUCAUAGAUUGGAUAAUGAUGAAAAUGAUGAAAAUGAAAAAGAUGAUGACAAUCAUGAUGUCGAUGAAGAUGAAGAUGAUGAUGACGACAACGAUGAAAAGGAGAUUAACGAUGAAGACAAUGAAGAAGAAGAAGAUGAUGAUGAAGAAGAUGGUGAUGAAAAUGGUGUUGAAGAUGAUGAUGAAGAUGACGAUGAAGAUGAUGAUGAAGAUGGUGAUGUAGAAGAUGACGAUGAAGUUGAUAAAGAAUAUGAAAGUUGCAAUAAUGACAAUGAUAAAAAUUACUUCAAGUCCAACGGCUCCCGUGAUUAG